AUGGCCGUACCUUCUGUCAUGCAUACUCAAGCAUGUCACUCUAGCGGAUAUUGUGUACCACAGUGCAAAGUUUCCCACUCGGCCAACACAGCACUGUCUCUCUCCUCGGCUCCGCCCCCGGUCAACGGCGUAGUAACCUUCACCGCAAACGACCAUUAUACCAUGCCACCGGCAGUAACGUCAACUCGUCCUCGCAGUCAUAUUCCAAUACCUGUCAACUCAUCCAUAUCCCGCAGCUCCGACAUCCCAGCCAGUUCUAGCACACUUGGUCCUUUUGUACCUGUCAGUGCCAGUAAUCCUUUCGAGUUUUCUGCCAUGCUCAUCCCACGAGAACAAUGUCAUCAAUCCCCAUCCCCACCCGCAACAUCCACUCGAUCUGAGCGCUGGCUGCUGUCAAGCAACAGAGACCUAGCGCGGCUCGCUGUUCUCAUUGUCACUUUGCUCUGCGAACCGGAAGGGAUACCUUGCACCGUGCCGCACAAUGUGUCGGGACAGGACACGAGCGAUCCAAAGUUGGUCUCGUUCACAGAACAAGUCCUUCGGGCAACGAAUCUCUACGUCUCAUCAGUCUAUGUUGCAUUGUGGUACAUGUGGCAGCUUCGCUGCUUGCGCUGUAAUGGAAAUGCAGACUUUUCGGCUCGAUGGGCCGCGCAUACACUCUUGGGCAAGAUCAAGGAACGAGAAGAUGGUGCCUUGACGUUGAUCACCCUUGCGCUCAUGUUGGCAAACAAGAUACAAGAUGACCAUACGUACACCAAUCGCACAUGGAAUCAACUUACCAAGAUCCCAUUAGAAGAGCUCAAUAGCCUCGAACGUGGAUACCUGAGAGCGCUCGGCUAUCGGCUGCAAUUGAGUGACGUGGACUUUUCAAUGUGGCGAGCCAAAGUCGACGCAUUUUGGGUGCGCAGGGCUGGCGGCAUUCCACGACCAUUGAGCAACACGCUCAAGCCUCGCAAGUCUCAAUCGCUCACACACGCACAAACGUACGCACCACCGACUACCAAACGAAACGUACCAUUGCAAGCCAACGAUCACUUUAUCUAUCACCAGCAGCAGCACAUCAUCCCCACCAGCUUUCAAACCCAGCAGCAGCACACACUUCAUCAAGCAACUAUCGGUCCCACACACACCAGUAUACCUUUGGUACCAUCAGGCUUCGAUCAUCCUUUCCCCACACGCGCAUUCCUUCCAGUGAGCUUUGCAGUUCCACCCGCGGUCACCGCAACAACCCCAUCUUAUACCUUUGGUCCCCCACCUGGUCUCAAGGCACGGCGCACAGGGCGACCUUCAUCUAUCUCGACACUACCCAAAGGGUGUGCGUGUGGCAUGCAGCACGGCUCACCCCUGUCAUCAUAUGGCUGCAGUCUGGCAAUUUCACAAACGGGCGUUCCUCUACCGUCGCAUAUGGAUUACCAGGGCGCACCUGCUGCCGAAAUUGGGAUGCUAUAUCCAUACGAAACCACUUACACUACGAAUGGAAUGUUUGGACAUGAAACAGUCGAGACCUGCAUUCUGGUUUGGAUGCUGGUGGAAGCGAACCUGGCGAUCCUGGAGCAUUCCGACAUGAAAGUAGCGUGUUUACAGUUCUCCCCGCAACAUGGUCAACCAGAUCUGAACCGAAGGCGAGCGGACGAACUGAUACGAGAAUCAGGUUUGAGCGCUCAAAAUGUGGACAUUCUCGUCUUGCCCGAGAUGGCCUUUUCCGGUUACAUUUUCGAAACCCGACAAGACGUGACACCCUAUGCGGAAUCAUCAGAGAAUGGAGAGACAUUGCAGUGGGCGAUCUCAUGGGCUAGGCAGUUGAGUGCCUAUAUCCAGGUCGGUUAUCCUCGAAUAGAACAAUCUACAACCGGACCAUCUCCACUGCUGUACAAUUCUGUUUACCUCGUAUCACCGGAUGGUACGCUGGUCCGAACAUAUGAUAAACAUUUUCUGUAUGAGAAGGAUGAGCGAUGGGCGGAAGAGGGGUUUGGGUUCUGUGCUUUGGAGUGCCCCGGUUUGGGAAAGGUGGGCUUGGGGAUAUGUAUGGACUUGAACCCAUACCGCUUCAUGGCCCCCUUUGAUGCAUACGAAUUUGCAAACUUUCAACUCGAAAAUGAAUCGCAAAUAAUACUAUGUUCUAUGGCGUGGAUUUUGUCUCUACCAGCCGAUGACGACUCGGUAGUGGAUGACAUUGAGCACGAGUCCAUAUCAAUAACACCAGUGAUGGAUACUGUUAAAUACUGGGCAAUGAGACUAAUGCCUUUGAUACAAAGCCGGCGUCGAAUCAUUUUUGUUGCUGCUAAUAGAAUAGGCGAGGAACAAGGGACAGUCUUUUGUGGAACUAGUUGUGUAAUGGAGUUUAUUGAUGGACGAAUACAGCUGCAAGGUGUUUUGGGAAGAUCCGAGGAGGGGAUCUUGUGUGUUGAAAUUCAAUAAACCUUUCGAUAAGUGAUAGGUGAUGAAACAUUGACGGACAGAUGGUGGACUCUAUUUUAUCGCAAAUGAUAUGUUCAGACCUGGA